AUGGCCUCUAGCUCGGGCUUGACGAGAAGAAGAGGUGGUGCUGGUCCUGCCGCCGGUCUGGAGAGUGAAGACGGAAGCCGUGUCAGCUCUCCCGCACCUGGCAACAAGCGCAACGAUGAGAACAGAGCCGGAGGCCUCGAGACAUCGUACGAGAGCGGAGAGAAUGGACACAAGAUUGCCUUUGACCCUCGCGACAUCAGCGAAAGUGCCGAGAGACUCAAGCAGCCCAAGUUGACCCUGAUGGAGGAGAUUCUGCUCAUGGGUCUCAAGGACAAGCAGGGUUACCUCUCCUUCUGGAACGACAACAUCUCGUAUGCUCUCAGAGGCUGUAUCGUUAUCGAGUUGGCUUUCCGCGGACGAAUCAGCAUGCAAAAAGAUUCCAACAGAAGACGCUUUCCCCUGGCCGACAGAGUUAUCGAGGUCAUUGACGACUCGCUGACGGGCGAGGUUCUGCUUGACGAGGCGCUCAAGAUGAUGAAGAGCAGCGAGAAGAUGAGCGUGAGCUCGUGGAUAGACCUCAUGAGUGGCGAGACAUGGAACCUCAUGAAGAUUGGUUACCAACUCAAGCAAGUCCGAGAGCGAUUGGCAAAGGGAUUGGUCGACAAGGGCAUCCUACGCACCGAGAAACGCAACUUCCUGCUGUUCGACAUGGCGACUCACCCCGUGGCCGAUGGUGGUGCAAAGGACGAGAUCCGCCGUCGUGUCCGCAACGUUUUGACCAACCGUACUGUUGUACUGCCACCCACGGAAUAUCUGCCUGAGAAUAUGGAGUUUAGAUAUUUGCGAACCAUCGCCAUGGUUUGCGGAGCAUACGCGGCCAACGUGCUGGAGAAUGCAUUGACAACCCUGCAACACGAAGCACGCGAGAGGGCGUUUGCACAGGUGGACGAGCUGCUGGCCGAGUACUCACAAUACCCCUUUGCCCGAAGGACAGGAGGACCUGGCACGAUUGGAGCCAAUCUCGGACAGGUGAUUAUGGAUGAGGUUAACAACGCAAAGGACAAGGAGCUGCAACUUGAGUCACUUCGCGAUAAACUCUCCUUGAACCAUGCAAUCCCCUCGACCAAUCCUACCGCCUCACCUUUCCCAAACAGCGGCCAGCCAUUCAACCUCUCCCAACCCCCGCCAGGUCGCAGAAGCGUCGCUCCCCCCACCAACGCCUCGACCGAUCCACCCCCAAACCCGCCCUCGGACGCUGGUGAUGCCAUUCGUGACGGAAAGCAGCGCGCCAAAGACAUAAUGGCCGCAUCAGGCAUUGACGUGACCGAGUCGCCGUCACAAUCGAGCAAUGGAGUCGCCAUGUCUAGGAAACGAUCGCGCUCCGGUUCGCGCAUUCCCGCGCGUCCUCAAUCGCCAAACAACCCUCCCCACCAGGAGGUUCUUCUAGAGCGCUAUAUUCAGCGCGAUUCGCUGUACGCUGCUGCCAUGAAUGACCAAGCUGAGAAGUCACGCAAGCUUUUGAGGCUCAAGGAGCAGGAGAAGGAAUGGUAUCUCCACGAGGGAAGACAACAACGACAACAACAUCCCGGAGCUGUGUUUGGCUAUGGCUAUGCCGGAUACGGCAAUGGCCGGACCGACGACAGGACCCGCCUGGAGUAUCCAGCCACGCGCCGCAGAGCUGGCAACAGAAGAACGCGCGAGCUGCGCGUUGCCAGGAAAGAGGCAGGACAGCAAGCCGAAUAUCUGGAAGAGCUCGUUCCAGUGCGACUCGAUCUCGAGCUUGACAAGCUGAGAUUGCGCGAUACCUUUACCUGGAACCUUAAUGACCGCUUGGUCUCUCCGCAGCUCUUCGCCGAGAACCUUAUUGAAGAUCUGAAGAUGCCUACCGAGCAUAGCCAAAUGCUUGCUCGUCAAGUCCAUCAGGAAAUGCUCGACCAGCUGAACAAUUACUAUCCUCACGUCUACCCCGCCGGUCAACCUGCAGAACCUGAUACCCUAUACCAUGCGCACAAGAACGAUGACAUGCGCAUCACUGUCAAGCUCAAUAUCACUAUUGGACACAUUACCCUGGUGGAUCAAUUUGAAUGGGACAUCAAUAACCCACUCAACUCGCCCGAGGAAUUCGCCAGACAGAUGUCUUUGGAUCUGUCGCUUUCUGGCGAGUUCACCACAGCCAUUGCACACUCGAUUCGCGAGCAAUGUCAGCUCUAUACCAAGAGCUUGUUCGUUACGAAUUACGAAUUUGAUGGGCGACCGAUAGAGGAUCCUGACGUUCGGGAGAAUAUGCUUCCUUCGCCCGUGCCCAAUGUGUUCAGACAGCAACAGAGUCAGAAAGACUGGACCCCUUACAUGUACGAGCUUACGGAGACGGAAUUGGAGAAGACUGAGCUGUCCAUGUUGCGUGAACAGAGAGCACAGAAGCGUCAACUCAACAGGCGUGGUGGACCAGCUCUGCCAGAUCUCAAGGAACGUCAAAGGACUGUGCGAUCAUUGGUCGUGUCAACGGUCAUCCCAGGCGCUGCAGAGACCAUGGAAGCCAGUGGAAUUUACAAGAUUCGUCGUACUGCAACUGGCAGAGGCCGUAGACCUGGUGCUCGCCUCAAUGAUGGAAGCGAUUCCGAUGAGUUGGACGAAGAGGAGUCUGGAGCCGAAUCUCCCGCACCCUCGCAGCUUCCAAGUGCUGGUACAGCGAGAACCAGGGGUAUGAGAGGUGCAGCCAGUGCUGCGCAGAUUGCUAUGCGUCAAACCUAUGGCAGAUCGGCUACCCCUGACAUCGCUAUGCUCUCACAGCCAGAAUCAACCAGAGCAUCUAGACGUGUCCAAGAGACGACAGCCCGCGAAGACACUGCAGAGCCAACAUCGAUGGUUGUCAAACUUCGUGUCAACCCUGACAAGUUCAAGCAGUUCUUGGCUAGAAGGAAGUUUGGCCGUAGUGCGGCACCUCCUCUAUCAGGCUUCCCCACAUCUUUCACCAUGCCAUCUACCAGACCUAACGCUACACCAGCCAAGCAGACGGCAGGUCCAUCAACACCGGCAAUGCAAAAUCGAGCUUUACCAGCGGCUGCAGUCACUCCUGCUCGUCAGGCUCAAACGCAAGCGCCAACACCAACGACCAAGCUCCCAGCACCUACACCGACCAAAAUCACCAAAGACGUCGAGUACGAUUCGCAUGGACGAGUCGAGGCCGCCACCACACCCUUACCAGAUGACACCGCACUUGCGGAAUUGCACCGUAUGUACCCAGGCUCUCGCUUCUCGGGCCUCAUGCGCUUCGCCGCCAUUGACGCCCUGACCGGCGACCCCGUCCGUAUCGACCACACUUCUCUGCCUGCUGGUUCACCGCCCCCUGCCAACUUCACCAAACCGACUACCGGUGAGAAGCUGGAGGUCAAAUGGAUGUGGCAACCGCGCAUCCGUUGUGAUGACUGCCCUGGCAAGUUGUAUACUGCAGUGAGAGAUGACACAAUUGGCAAGUUCGAGGCGCACAUCAAGAACAGAAAGCACAAGGCCGUGGUUGACGCGAGGUUGGCUGCUGCUGGUGCGCAGAACAAUGCGGGCAACUAG